UAAUGAAACGAUGCGUCAAGAGUUAUGCACCUUCUUUUUCCUUGCUCCACCGUGUUAGGGUUUUGCAGAGUCGCCAUUUUUGUUUUCUUCACACUUCACUCGCACCACAGACAAUGAAUUCCGGCUCCAUAUAAUGCCACUACCCGACACCGCAACGUUGUUUGGACCAAUACUUCAAAAUAUCGUUCGACACGGUACGCUAUUUUGCCCCUUCGCGUUUUUCUCGUCGAUCUUCUAGAAUCUAUCCGUUUCGCGAAACUUGGUUUUCGAUUUGAUGAAUAUCCAUCGACUCGCUAGCACAGUGGGCUUCUGGAAGCUUUCACCGCAAGGAAACUCCAUUCCACCAUUGCCCAAAUCGCGUUCGUUGCGCAAUUUUCGGAGAUGAUGGGUUCGAAUUCGAACCAUGAAUUCAAUAAUCCUUUUAGGUCCAAAAAUGGUCCACAAAUUUUCCCAUUCGUUGAUUAUUUUGCGUAGAUUAUGCAGCCAUCCGUUUGAUGGGGAUGAUGGAUUUGAAUUUAUUGAGGAGCCUUUGAAAAAACUGGGUUCAGAUUAUGAUGAAAGGCUCCAUUUGAAGGAUGAUUUUGGUGGUAACCAAAAGCAGUUUUCACUUAGGAAAGGGUUCAUAGAAACUGUUAAGUUAGAUGCUAAGAGGGUUCUUGAGGUACUCCGGCAAGAUGGUCCUGGUCUUGAUGCCAGGUUGGUUUUAGGUGAGUUGCAUGUAAGGCCAUCGGGGCUUCUUGUGAGGGAGGUUCUCUUUGGAAUUUUGAAGAACAUAAAUUGUGAGAAUAAGACCAGGUGUGCGAAGCUGGCAUAUAAGUUUUUUGUGUGGUGUAGUCAGCAAGAGGGUUACCGGCACACUGCGAAUGCGUAUCACUUAGUUAUGAACAUAUAUGCUGAGUGCGAUGAGUUUAAGGCGUUGUGGAGGUUGGUUGAUGAGAUGAUUGAAAAAGGGCUUCCUGCUACUGCUCGAACUUUCAACAUCUUGAUCCGGACUUGUGGUGAGGCGGGGUUGGCUAAGAAAUUGGUGGAGAGGGUCAUAAAAUCAAAGACGUUUAACUUUAGGCCUUUUAAGCACUCAUACAAUGCAAUCCUGCAUGGUCUUCUUGUUUUAAACCAGUACAAGUUGAUUGAGUGGGUUUAUCAGCAGAUGAUGCUUGAUGGAUUUUCUUCGGAUAUUUUAACUUACAAUAUUGUCAUGUAUGCCAAGUAUAGACUUGGAAAGUUGGAUCAGUUCCACAGACUGCUUGAUGAGAUGGGUAGAAAUGGAUUUUCUCCAGAUUUUCAUACCUUCAAUAUUCUUCUUCAUGUUCUUGGCAAAGGGGACAAACCACUUGCAGCUCUCAAUCUUUUAAAUCACAUGAGAGAAAUUGGUAUAGACCCAACUGUGCUUCAUUUCACUACAUUGAUAGAUGGACUCAGCAGAGCUGGGAAUCUGGAUGCUUGCAAAUAUUUUUUUGAUGAAAUGAUAAAGAAUGGGUGCAUGCCAGAUGUUGUGGCUUACACUGUAAUGAUAACAGGAUAUGUAGUGGCUGGUGAGCUUGAGAAAGCGCUGGAAAUGUAUCAAGAUAUGGUUUCUAGAGAACAAAUUCCAAAUGUUUAUACAUACAAUUCCAUAAUUCGGGGAUUAUGUAAGGUGGGAAAAUUUGACGAGGCAUGCUCAAUGCUCAAGGAAAUGGAGACCAAAGGUUGUAGUCCAAACUCUGUUGUCUAUGAUUCAUUAGCGAGUUGUUUGCGAAAUGCUGGAAAGACUGCUGAUGCUCAUGAAGUGAUACGACAGAUGACGGAGAGGGGGAAGUAUGCCCACAUGCAUUCAAGAUUCAAAGGGCAUAAGGCAUAAGCUAGAUUUUCAUGUUGUAUUAGUCAACUCAUGAGACAUCGACAUUUUAUCUGGUUAAUUGAGACCAAUGACCUGCUGCUUGUUCAGCUGAUUAGAAGCUGGAGAGAUAAAUUCCAAGACUAAGUCUCCUGGUUCAUUGGUGCAUUUCCCCAAAUCCAGAGCAAGAACCAGCUGCAUAAAGUGUUGCCAAUUUUGUCUGCUGGCUUCUUUGUUGCUUUCCACCAACAUUCUUUAGCUGGUUGCUUUUCUGUGGAUUCAAAGACAGAUAUUUACUCUGCGGCCACAUUCAAGAUGAAGAUUGGAAAGCUUAUCCCCUCUUAUUGUCAGGGUGGUACAACCUCAUACGGGGUGAAGUUCUUCAAUUUUCUACCGAUGGAAUUGGCAACUCAGAAAUUCGAACCCAAGUGUGUACAUUCAUCAUCCAAGUCCAGGGGCUCGUGUAUCUGGCUGCUGUCUGUAAUGAUGAACGCGGACAUUGCUUCUUUGGUCUCAGUGGCUCUUGGUCGUUUCUACCAUGGUUUUAUACGUAUAUUUAUUUAUUCUUGAUUGAGUUGUUCAGUUGAGAAUGAUUAAAAUAUUACAUAGUUGCCGUAUGGCAUUCCUAUACAUACAAUCAAGGUAUAAUAGCCUAACAGGACAAUUGAUCAGUACAAUUUUUUUGGGUACUAGAGUCCCUAGAAUGUAGGGGCUAGGACCCAGAGGGGAAGAGGAGAGACUAGGAGAAUAGAAAACGAAUGUUUCAUUUUAGGGUGUUGACCCCUACUGCAAAGCAAGAACACUGAAAUUUUGAUCUUAUUUUUCUCAUCCAAGAAAGGACUUAAAAUUGCUGAAA